AAUGGCUGAAGUUGGACGUGAAGAUGUGGAGUGUGAUGUCUGCACUGAUGGAGAACGCAAUGCUGUCAAGUCCUGUCUGGUGUGUCUGGUCUCUUACUGUGAAUCUCACCUCGAACUUCACAAUGAACUCAACCCAGGAGAUAGACACCAGCUGACCGAUGCCACUAGAAACCUGCAGGAGAAGGUCUGCUCUCAUCAUAACAAAUUGCUGGAGAUUUACUGUCGUACUGAUCAGCAGUGUAUCUGCUAUCCAUGUACGAUGGAUGAACACAGAGGCCAUGAUAUAGUCAGAGCUGCACAAGAAAGGACUGAGAAACAGGAUAGGCUGGGGGAGACACAGAGAGAAUUCCAGCUGAAAAUCCAGGAGAGAGAGAAGGAGCUGCAGGAUCUGAGACAGGCUGUGCAGUCACUCAAGCGCUCUGCAAAAGCAGCAGUGGAGGACAGUGAGAGGAUCUUUACAAUGCUAAUCCGCUCCAUUGAGAGAAGGCGCUCUGAGGUGAAAGAGCUGAUCAGAGAUCAGGAGAAGGCUGAAGUGAGUCGGGCUGAAGGACUCCUGGAGCGACUGGAGCAGGAGAUUGCUGAGCUGAGGAGGAGAGAUGCUAAGAUGGAGCAGCUUUCACACACAGAGGAUCACAUCCAUUUCCUCCAGAGCUGUGAGUCUCUCUGUGCCCCUGUUGGACCUGAAGACUUUCCCAGCAUCACUGUCAGUCCACUCGUCUCUUUCGAGGCUGUGAGGAAAUCUGUCUCUGAACUGAAAGCACGAACAGAGGACGUCUGGAAGGAGGAAUUAGUCAAAAUCUCUCCAACAGUGAAAAACGUCCAUAUUCUAGAGCCCAGGACCAGAGAGGACUUCCUACAAUAUUCCUGUCAGCUCACACUGGAUCCCAACACUGCACACAAAAACCUCUGGCUGUCUGAGGGGAAUAGAAGGGUGGCCCAUGUGGGCAUGAUCCAGUCAUAUCCUGAUCAUCAAGAGAGAUUUGAGCACAAAGCCCAAGUGCUGUGCAGAGAGGGUCUGUCUGGAUGCUGUUACUGGGAGGUUGAGAGGAGUGGGGGUGGGGUUUUUAUAGCAGUGUCAUAUAAAGAAAUCUGCAGGAGUGGAGGCAGUAAUGACUGCACUCUGGGAUAUAAUAACAAGUCCUGGAGUUUGCGCUGCUCGACCUCCAGUUACUCUUUCUGGCACAAUAAUGAGCUUACUGAAAUCUCUGUUCCCCCCUCCUCUAGAAUAGGAGUGUACCUGGAUCACAGGGCAGGAACUCUGUCCUUCUACAGUGUCUCUGACACAAUGACCCUCCUGCACAGAGUCCAGACCACAUUCACUCAGCCCCUCUAUCCUGGGUUUCAGGUUGAUUUUGGAUCCUCUGUAAAGCUGUGUUAUCUGGGAUGAGGCAGGGAGUGAAGGGACAAUUAACUGUAAUUAAAGAGAGGGAAAAACUGAAAAUUAAUUUAAUGAAUGAAACAAGGAAAUGAAUUAAUUAAAUAAAAAUAAAGGGCAGCUCAGUGCUGUACAGUUUGAAAUGGCGCAAAAUUUUCAGCCCACCCCUACAUGACCCCGCCUUCUUUCAGCCCAACCCUACAUGACCCCGCCUUCUUUCAGCCCAACCCUACAUGACCCCGCCUUCAUUUCAGCCCACCCCUACAUGAUCCCGCCUUCUUUUCAGCCCAACCCUACAUGACCCCGCCUACUUUUCAGCCCAACCCUACAUGACCCCGCCUUCUUUCAGCCCAACCCUACAUGACCCCGCCUUCAUUUCAGCCCAACCCUACAUGACCCCGCCUUCUUUUCAGCCCAACCCUACAUGACCCCGCCUACUUUUCAGCCCAACCCUACAUGACCCCGCCUUCUUUCAGCCCAACCCUACAUGACCCCGCCUUCUUUUCAGCCCAACCCUACAUGACCCCGCCUACUUUUCAGCCCAACCCUACAUGACCCCGCCUUCUUUUCAGCCCAACCCUACAUGACCCCGCCUACUUUUCAGCCCAACCCUACAUGACCCCGCCUACUUUUAAGCCCAACCCUACAUGACCCCGCCUUCUUUCAGCCCAACCCUACAUGACCCCGCCUUCUUUUCAGCCCAACCCUACAUGACCCCGCCUACUUUUCAGCCCAACCCUACAUGACCCCGCCUUCUUUCAGUCCAACCCUACAUGACCCCGCCUUCUUUUCAGCCCACCCGCUUUAUUAGCAAAAUACUCUGCACAUGUCUGGUUUUUUUUUUACAAAGAGUGCCUAUUUUUACUGUUAUUGUGCUUUUGAGUUUUAGAUAAAUGUAUUCAUGUUCAUUUAAAAAUGGAUAAUUCCUUAUUAGUCAUGACGUUGAAAUUUUGUUUACAAUUUUGUUAACAAUUUUUAUCAUAGAUGAUUUUUCUUAAUGGAUUUUUAACUUUUAAAGGAAUGUGUUUUAGUCAUUUUGGAAAUUUAAAACCAAUAAAGACAAGUGUAAUGCUUGCACUCCAAUAUUACAGUCGGCUCCAUAAUGUUCGGGGCAAAGACAUACUUGACAAAGAACUUGCUCUGUAUUCCACUGUUUUAGAUUUGUAAUCAGCGUAUUCACGUGUGGUUAAACUGCAGAUUCUCAGCUUUUAUUAAAGGGUAUUUUAUGCAUUUUGGCUUCACCAUGCCACACAUUACCGUGUGUGGGAUAUGUCAGAGCAUCAUGGUAAUGGCGUUUAUAUGGAGGUGCUGCUGUAAAAUCAUUAAGACUUUUUGGGUUUUAUGGCUGUUGUUGUUUUGCAUUAUACUGGGCUGUGUUGGGUUCUACAUGCUGUGAUUGUUUACAAGAGGAAUGAAAUAAACAAAUGGUUGGGGUCUGUG